CCUUAGCCUUAUAUUUCUCUCUCUUUCUCCUUGCUUUCUUCUCUAAAAGAGCAGCAUUUUAAUGCCCCAACGACCGUCUUUAAGCUCUACUAGUACAUGCUUUCUUAAAACCUUGUAGCAAAAGGUUAUUUUUUCUUUCCAAUUCCUUGUUUAACUGGACAAAGAACCAAAAGUUUCACUUCUCUUGGAUAUUUUCUUUUUCUCUCUCUGUUCCUUGAAGGAUGAAUAAACAAGAUGUCAUGAAGAUGCAGACAUGGGUUCUCAAAGUGAAUAUACAGUGUAGCUGUGAUGGGUGUAAGCAGAAAAUAAGGAAGCUGCUGCAGAAAAUUGAUGGGGUGUAUACGACUAGUAUAAAUGCAGAUCAAGGGAAGGUGACAGUGACUGGUAAUGUCGAUCCGGCUGUUCUCAUCAAGAAGCUGCAGAAAUCAGGGAAACAUGCACAGUUAUGGGGUGUUGCUCAAAAGGGGGGUCCAAAUAAUUUCCCCAACCAGUUCAAGAACAUGAGUAUGGAUGGUGGCAAAGGUGGGAAAGACAACAAAUCUCAAAAAGGUGGAGGCGGUGGUGGUGGUGGUGGAAAUAACCAGCAGAAAGGUGGGCUGCAAUUUGCACCACAGCAUCUGCAAGAUAUGCAGCAGAUGAUGAAAGGGUUUAACCCUCCCAAAGACCAUAAAUCUGUCAAGUUUCACUUGCCCGAGGAUGAUGGGAGUGAUGAUGAUUAUGAUGAUGAGUUCGAUGAUGAAUUUGAUGAUGAGUUUGAUGAUGACGAUGAUGAUUAUGAUGAUGAUGAGGAAUUUGGUCAUGGUCAUGGACAUGGCCAAGGGCAAAUGCAAAACAAGAUGGUGGCUAUGAUGGGAAAAGGCCAUGGGGGGUCAAAUGGUAUGAUUAAUGGCCAUGCCAUGAAUGGUAAAAACGGAGGUGGUGGUGGGAAUAAUGGGAAGAAAGGUGGAGCUAUUGAUAUGCCCAUGGUGAUGAAAGGCAUGGGGGAGAACAAAGAAGGCAAAAAGAAAGGAGGUGGGGAAAAGAACAAAGGAGGUGAUAAACAUGGUGGUAAAAAAGGGGGUGGGGGAGGAGGUUUACUUGGGUUUUUCAAGAAGGAUAAAGGUGGAAAAGAUUCUAGUAAGAAGGGUAAAAACGAUUGGGAUGAUUAUGAUAAAAAUAAGGGCUCUUCUCAUAAUGGAAAUGGAGGUCGUGGUGGUGGUGGGAACAAUAAUGGCAAUGGAGCUAAAAAAGGUGGGGGCAAAAAUGGUGGUGGUGGGGGUCACCAUGAGAUGAUGAACAAAAUUAAGAGUGGUGGGUUUCAAGACAUUGAUGCUAUUAAUCAUGGCAAAGGAGGUGGUGGGGGUGGGGGUGGGGGUGCCGCCCCUGGUGGUGGCCACGGAGGCGGCAAUGGAGGCAAGAAUAUGGGGCAGAUGGGCCAAAUGGGCUUUAACAUGGGCCAAAUGGGGAAUUAUCCAAUGAACCAGAUGGGCAACUUUGCUGCAGUACAAGGACUACCAGCACCAGCACCAGCACCACCAAUGAACAAUGGUGGUGGGUAUUAUCAAGGGAUGGGGCCAGGGAAUCCCUAUAAUCAGCCUCAGUAUAUGGCUGCCAUGAUGAUGAACCAGCAGAGAGCAAAUGGGGGAAUGUAUCAGCCAAUGAUGUAUGCUCAACCAUAUCCUCCCCAAGCAAGCUACGGCCCUCCGCCGAUGCAUCCCCCCCACUCCGAAUCGUAUGCUCAUUACUUCAGUGAUGAGAACGCAAACAGCUGCAGUAUCAUGUAAAAUUUUCCCAGUAUUAGUGAUGUUUUUUUUCCCAUUGUUCUUUUUUGGCUUGCUCUAGGGUGCUUCAUACAAAAGCUUGCAAGGGAAAUAUUUAGUUUUCCCUAUAGUCAAAUUCCGCC